AGAGGCGACGAUACACAUCCGCAAUCUCAAGUACAUCGCCAUCAACUGGGAUGUGUCUGCGUACUACCUGUACUUCAAUGCCGAUCUGGAAUCUCACGUGACCACAGACAACAGCGUCAAGGCAUCGGCCAAACAACAGAACACGUCCAUUCAGCUGAUGGACUGUGUGUCUGAGUUCAACACGCGCGACAGACUGGAGAACGACGAGGCGUGGUGA